CUGUCAUUAUUUGUGAAUUCUGUAAAAUAUCUGGUGACAUUUGUAGCUUAAAAAUAAAAACAAAAACAAAUUGGUUUGAAGAAGCAGUGCAGGUGUGAAUGGAGCAGAUCCCGGAUCAGGUCAGAGGGUGUGGCCUGAAUGCCAGCUGUGGGUUUAGCUUUCUGCUUCAGUAAUAAUGGGGUGUUGUGAGCCGCCUGGUUCAGUCAGCACUUAGCGCUCGGAGAGGACUGACACCCGGCUUUAAGCUGCAGCAGAGUCAGUGCACGUUAGUGUCCGCCUCCUGCCCCGCCUCCUGCUUCCACACAACAUGGCUUAUGUCAUCGAACAGGCUGCACCUCCCCCUCUCAUCAUUCAAAAAGCUCCGCCUCCUGUGGUCUACCAGGCUGCUCCUCCCCCUGUCAUCAUUGAACAAGCUCCGCCCCCUGUUGUCUACCAGGCUGCACCUACACCUGUCUAUAUAGAACAGGCUCCGCCCCCUGUAUUAAUCCAGACUACUCAACCUGUGGUUAUUAAUUCUCCUAUGAGAUCUACUCCUGCAUCAGUGAGGUGUCUUUAUUGUCAGCAGCAGGUUGUCACAAUGAUCGAACCCAUCAGUGGACUUCUCACAUGGAUACUUUUUGGGGUACUUUUGGUCUUCUGCAUCUGGCCGUUCUGCUUGAUUCCUUUCUGCGUGACGCCCUGCAGAGAUAUCAAACACACCUGCCCCAGCUGCCACAAUGUCAUCUACGUCUACAGACGGAUGUGAGACCUUUCACAAACAAGAACCUGGAGAUCCUGGAUAUCCUGGAGAACCUGGAGAACCUCAUAAUCCCAAAUGAAGGAUGUAAUUCCAUUUUAUUAAACUAACAUUAGCACAGCCAGUAUAAAUAAACUAUAUGCUACUACUUUCCAUUUUAACGGCAGGGGAUCAGUUAAUAAUUUAUUCUCCUUCUCAACAUGCUCUAGAUUAAACUCAAUCCUGCUCCGAAAUUAACCAGAUGCUUAAAUAAAAAAAAAGAAGGUUAAAAAAAAGACGUUUUUCUCAAUUCUAAAUAUUCCAUGUUUAUUAAGCUCAGUGGUUGUGGCAUUAUAUGAUGGAUACAUGCAGUUAGGCUGUUGUCAAGUCCAAGACCUGGUAAUCCCAACCCUAAUCCUAAUCCACUCCUAACCCUAGUCCUAAUCCUAAACCGAAUCCACUCAUAAUCCUAAUCCAAAUCCCAACCCUAACCCUAAUACACUCAUAAUCCUAAUUCUAAUCCUGACCCUAAUCUUAAUCUACUCAUAACCCUAAUCCUAAUCCCAGCCCUAAUCCUAAUUCUAAUCCCAAUCCACUCAUAACCCUAUCCCUAAUCCACUUCUAAUCCUAAUCCCAACCCUAAUCCUAAUUCUAAUACUAAUCCAUUUAUAAACCUAGUCCCAUUCCCAGUCCACUCAUAAAUCUUAAUCAAAUCCUAACCCUAAUUCCUAACCCUAACCCUAAUUCCUAAAACUAACCCCAACCCUAAUUCUAAUCCCAAUCCACUCCUAACCCUAAUUCUAAUCCUAAUCCACUCCUAACCCUAGGUCUAAUCCUAAUCCACUCCUAAUCCUAAUCUUAAUUCUAAUCCUAAUCCACUCCUAAUCCUAAUUCUAAUUUACUCCUAAACCUAACCCCAAUUCUAAUCCUAAUCCACUCCUAACCCUAAUUCUAAUCCUAAUCCACUCCUAAUCCUAAUUCUAAUUUACUCCUAAACCUAACCCCAAUUCUAAUCCUAAUCCACUCCUAACCCUAAUUCUAAUCCUAAUCCACUCCUAAUCCACUCCUAACCCUAAUUCUAAUCCUAAUCCACUCCUAAUCCACUCCUAACCCUAAUUCUAAUCCUAAUCCACUCCUAAUCCUAAUUCUAAUAAUAAUCCACUCCUAACCCUAAUCCCAAUUACAACCCUAAUCCUAAUCUACUCCUAAUCCUAUUCUAAAUUAUAAUCUUAAUCCACUCCUAAUCCUAAUUCUAUCCCUAAUCUUAACCCUAAUCCUAAUCCUAUGGGAUUGUCGGAAGUGUCGAAUGAUACUUAGUGUAACCUGCCUGCCAGUACCUGAGCUCCAGCACACACUGGGGUUAAUAAAUGUUUUAUUUAUCACUCUUAUUACACAAGCUCCAGUUUAAAGCACAGGUUUGAUAUGGAAUAUUUCACAGACGCGGAAUUGGCUUCAUUUCCAAACAACAAUUCUUGUUACGGGGAAAAGGUUUAAAUCGAUGGGAAUGGGAUCUGUGACAUUCCAGACAUAUUUCCCCAAAGCUUUGGCUGAAAAAUUUCAAGAAGAAUGUCUGAAGAAUGUCUUCAGUUAAUGAAUGUGGUUAUACAGGAGUCAUAGGUCAUUUUCUCAAAACAAAACAAAACAAGACAAAACAAAUGAAAUGAAAGACCUUUAUUUAUCCAACUGUUUAACUGUGCUGCUCUCACAUGCUGGAUUUUGGAGUAAAAGGAUCUAAACUAUACGCUUACACACCUACACAAGAAUUCAUUUAACCUUUUCAUGUCGUGUCAUGUUGUGUUUUUUACCACAAGUACACAAAAACAAAACUAGAAUAUUAAUCAUUACUAUAUCAGCAUGAUACACUACAUUGCCAAAAGUUUUGGGACGUCCGUCUUUCCAUGCACAUGAAUGUAAUAUGGAGUUGUCCCGCUCUUUACAGCUACUGUAUAACAGCUUCAACUCUUCUGGGAAGGCUUUCCACAAGCUUUAGGGGUGUGUUAAUGGGAAUUUUUUUGACCGUUCCUCUCUAGAAGCGCUGUCAUUUGUGAGGUCAGGCACUGAUGUUGUGAUGACAAGAAGGUUUGUCUGAAGGUCGCAGUCUCCGCUCUAAUUCAUCCCAAAGGUGUUCUAUGGGGUUGAGGUCAGGACUCUGUGCAGGCCAGUCAAGUUCCUCCACACCAAACUCACUCAUCCAUGUCUUUAUGGACCUUGCUUUGGUCACUGGUGUGCAGUCAUGUUGGAACAGGAAGGGGUCAUCCCCAAAAUGUUCACACAAAGAGCAUGAAAUUGUCUUGGUAUGAAGCUGAAGGAUUAAGAGUUCCUUUCACUGGAACUAAGGGGUCGAGCCCAACCCCUGAAAAACAACACCUGAACUCAAUGAUCUGGAGGGGUGUCCCAAUACUUUUGGUGCUAUAGUGUAUGUAAGGACCUCUUUAUAUUGGAAUGUAUACUCAGUUUCUUUUGAAGGCUCUACUGUACAUUUGCUCACGUCUCAUGAGUCGUGAUGUUGUCGAGUUGUGAUAUCAUUUCAGCAGUUUUACCAUGAAGCUGGUUUAAAUGAAGUGUAUAAAAACGCCUGGGUUUUAUUUCAUGUAAAUGUAAUGAAGUUCUAAUUUAAAAGGUGAAUUUGAAAAGAAACUCAAUAAAGUUCU